UCACUCUAUAUUUAUAGUUGCACCACAAAUUCCUCUGUGAAAAGACUAUAGCAAAGAAUUAUGAAAGGUUUGUUGAACUUAGUUGAUAAAUGUAAGCUUUCAAUACAAGGGGCAGCCCUCUUGUUUAUAUGCACUGCUGGUCUUGUCAUUGGCCUGUGCAUUGUCAUUGUUGUCAAGGUGAAGAGGGCUCGAAAGAACAGGCUUGUUAAUGCAGACGUUGAGCUAGGCGGUGACAUAUGGCCAGAGCAGAGGAGGGCCAGAUGGGGUUCGGUGAAGAGGGUGUUGAUGAAGUCGGUGAGAUGGAGCAAUGCAAGUAGGUGGGAAGAGAGUAGAAGUUCUGCAAGUAGGAGGGAGAAGGUGAGACCUUUGUUGGUCUCGACGGGCUUGGCUGAGCGUGGGGUGGGGUGGCAGAGGACGCGGGACUUGGUGUCACCGGUGUGGCAAAGGCCGAUACUUAUGGGAGAGAAGUGUGAGUUGCCGAGGUUUAGUGGGCUUAUUCUUUAUGAUGAAAGAGGGAGACCUCUCGAGGAGAACUCCCUGAAGGGAACCCCUAAUCAUGAUCACCAGGAUCAUAUAAUAGUGAAGACAACUCUGAGGGAAUUACUGUAGAUAUCUGAUCUCGGCCAUGGACAAAUUUCUGGUAGCUGUAGCCUCUAGGGAAGAUAAACAGGGCUUCUUUAGGAGGUUUUCAGGCCACUUAUCAUUUUGUAUGCAUCCCUUUGUAGCACCUAGUUACUAAGUUGAUGAACU